AUAUCUGUCGAGGCUCAGAACACCGAGACAGAAGGCUGCGCAGAAGCCAAGGAGUGUGAUCUUCAAUGCGUACUGAGGCGUACGGACUGCAGUCGGGGAAAUUGGUUCGGUGAUGAGGAGACAGGUAUUCGGCUCGGUCAAUGGUGUGGAGGAGAAGCCGUUGGGCACACCGGCUGCUGCAGCUCAGCCUCGGGGCGUCAAUAUGGUGUGCCAGUCGAAGAUUCACUUCCGACGCUGCUGCUGCUGCUGCAGUACUUGGUGGCUGCUGUCACCACUCCAGUGGACGUUGAACGCGGGACCCCCGCCAACCCGCGCCGAUGGGUUGGACGUGGAUUCCAAGGGUCGCUUUCUCCGCCGACCCCACCUUCGCCCGGUACUUGCGGCUGUCAUUACCUUCUCGAAUCUUCCGCUUAG